UGUGUGUGUGCGUGCGCGCGUGUGUGCGUGUGUGCGUGUGUGUGUGUGUGUGUGUGUGUGUGUGUGUGCGUGCGUACGUGUGUGUGCACGUGCCUUUCCCCUGCUUGGCAGUAUGCCCAAUCGAGUUUCCAGUAAUUUUGCGGGAUGCUUUGGAAGUGCUUUCCUUGAACGACAACCAGCUGGAGUGUGUCCCCCAGUCCGUGUGUGGCCUGAGAAACCUCAUGGAGCUCUACCUCUCUAAUAAUCCAGGUAUUCGGGAACUUCCAGCUGAGUUGGGGCAGCUCUCUAAUCUGUGGCAGUUGGACAUUGAGGACCUCAACAUCACUAAUGUUCCGCAGGACAUCAGGAAAGAUGGUCCAGCAUCAGUGCUGUCCUUCCUCCGAGCCAACCUACGGAAGGCGGAGCCCUGUAAGCUGCUGAAGCUUCUUGUGAUUGGUCCUCCUCGGCAGGGAAAGACAGCCCUCCUGGAAGCAUUACAGACGGGCAGGACCUCCCCUUUCUCCCCUGCAGAACGAAACAUCAGCACAGCUACUUGGGAACUGGACAGACCCAAUGGGGUUAAAGCUAGCGCGGACUUCGUGGCGUUCAACGUGUGGGACAUCGGCGGUCCGGCCAACAUGUCCACGGUCAACCAGUGUUUCUUCACGGACAAGGCCCUGUACGUGGUCAUAUGGAACCUAGCUCUGGGAGAGGAGGCUGUAGCCAGUCUACAGUCCUGGCUGCUUAACAUUGAGGCGCGUGCCCCUAACUCUGCGGUGGUGGUGGUGGGCACCCACCUGGACCUGAUCGACACCAAGUUCCGUACAGAGCGGGUGGCCACUCUGAGGGCCUACAUCCUGGCACUAUGCAGGUCUCCAUCAGGCGCCAGGGCCAGUGGCUACCCAGACAUCACCUGGAAACACCUGCAUGAGGUAUCGUGUAAGACCCAGGAGGGUCUGGAUGGUCUGAAGAGGUUGAUCUUCCAGGUGGCCUGCUAUAUGAAGGACAACAGCAGCAGUUCAGCUAGCGGACACAAACUGCUGGGCAGACUGAUCCCAAAGAGCUACCUUACACUACAGCAAGCGGUGCUAGAUGAGCGGGGUCGGCGGGACGCAGAAGACGAGGUCCAGUACCUGACAGACGCACAGCUGGACCUCGUCAUAGAGCAGAACCCAGGAAGUGACAUCAGAGACUACGAGGACCUACAGACCGCCAUCAGCUUCCUGAUAGAGACAGGCACCCUCCUCCACUUCCCAGACACCAGUCACGGCCUGUGUACCCUCUACUUCCUCUGUCCCGUGUGGCUGUCGGAGUGUCUGGAGCGGAUCAUCCACCUGAAGAGCUCCCGAUCGGUGGCCUGGAACGGGGUGAUCCGAGCGGAGGAUCUGCGCAUGCUCCUGGUGGGAACAGGCUUCACCCAGCAGACGGAGGAGCAGUACUUCCAGUUUCUGGCCAAGUUUGAGAUUGCUCUGCCUGUGGCCAGCGAUAGUUACCUCCUCCCCCACCUCCUUCCUCCUAAACCUGCUAUGGACAUCCACGGCUUCCGUCAAGAGACCGCCAACUCCAUCCAGCGCCUCUUCAAGAUGAGCUUUGUGCCGGCGGGAUUUUGGGAACGCUUCAUCGCCCGCAUGCUCAUCAGCCUCACCGAGAUGGACCUCCAGUCCUUUGAGCCUAAGAAGAAUGCUAAGAGUGAGCGGAGGAGGACCACGGUGAUCUACAGUUUUGCGGGAACAGGUAGCCAACAGAGGAACCGCUGUAGCACCUUCAGAGUCCGCCGCAGUCAGACCAUCUACUGGAGAGAGGGACUACUGGUCACCUUUGACGGAGGGUAUCUAAGUGUGGAAUCGACUGAUGUCAACUGGAAGAGGAAGAAAAGCGGGGGCAUCAAGAUCAUUUGCCAAUCAGAGACCAGGGAUUUUUCAGCCAUGGCCUUCAUUACAGACCAUGUCAAUUCCCUCAUCGAACAGUGGUUCCCUGCCUUGACGGCCAGUGAGAGUGAUGGGACCCGAUUGAUUGAGCAGUACGCCCCCUGUCCCCAGUGUUCCUCCAUGAGCAGACAGAACCAGGGACCUGGGGGUCUGGGGGAACCCCCAACUAGAGGGACUGCAGCUGGGAGAAGAGGAGGAGAAGGCAGAGAAAAAGGGGGAGGAAGAGGAGGGCACUUCUUCAACAUGGAGGACUGUGUGAUCGCUGCCAUGGGCCAGGAGUACAUAGUGUGUCCCCAGCACCCCGACCAGCCUGUCCCCCUUCAGGAGCUGGUCCCAGAGCUUUUCAUGACCGACUUCCCCUCACGGUUGUUCCUAGAGAAGGCCCAGUUGGAGUGUAGUGAGGAGGAGAGUGAUAUCCUGGGCCAGGGGGGCAGUGGAACUAUCAUCUAUAGAGCCUGUUACCGUGGCCAACCAGUCGCCAUCAAACGCUUUCACUUCAAGAAGUGCAGGCAGCAGACCAUCAGCAGUGGUACAGGUAACACACACACACACACACCAUUCCAUCAUCAGUACAGGCCAUUAUUCUGCCAAUGUUUGUCUAUGGUGAUUGCAUGGCUGUGUGCUCGAUUUUAUACACCGGUCAGCAACGGGUGUGAAGUGGUGUCCACAUACUUUUGGCCAUGUAGUGUAUACCUACUAUCUCUCACGCUACCACUGGCUCUAAGCCAGUUUUGAACAACUGGAACUGUA